AUGUCCACUACGUCGGAAUCCAGCAGAGUGGGCCUGGGCAAUGCGGCCAGCAUGGCGAAUCUGGCCAAGAUCGUCAAUCUCAUCGAAUCGAAUGUGAGGAGCGAGGAAGCGGAGGUGCUGGAGGAAGCGGUCAGGGGAUCAACCGGAACCGGAAGUGGCAGCAGCGUGCGCUUGGCCAGCAGCAGUGCCCCGCGCAGAAGUGCCUGUGCCACAUCGUACGUGCCAAAGUCACCGCAGCUGGAGGAGAUUGUGUUCGCGGAGCCCACGUGCACCGAGCGGUUUGCCCGAUACUUUGUGAUCGUGAUCUAUCUGUGCGGGCUCUGCUGUCUGGGAUUCUUCCUGUCCAUCUACCACAUCUUCUUCUGGGACUCACGCAUGCCACCCGUUUACAAGGGCCAGAAGAAGGCGCCUGCCUUUGGCUAG